UUUGCUGUUGCCUGUGUUUUGGCUUGUGAUCCCCAUGGCAAUAAUCAGCCUGAAUGUUCUAGCAGCAAUUUGAAUGUACCCAUUCGUAACUUCUGGGAUCCCACUCACUACUGGGUGUGUAACUCGGCUGGUUCUACUGCCGAAUCUGUACGUUGUCCCGACGCUAACGGCUUUGAUUCGACAAAGGGUGCCUGUGUUCAUUUCGAAGAAUGGGCUUGGACUGAACCUUGUCCAUCUGCUUAAUACUGAGUUUUAUUCUGUUGAAAACUAAAAUAAAAGAAAAUUUAAUAUAAACAUUGGAAUAUUUAUUUGUAAAAUGUAUGGAACAUAUUA